AUGGCAGUGGGCUCCUCUACUAUUUCCCGCGGCCCCGUCACCGCCUCCCUCAACUUCUACGCGCCACCCGCCAACGCCGCCGAGAAACCCUACAACAACGUCGAGCCAGCCGCCGGCCAACCAGAGCGCAACUACUCGGACGCCGUCAAGCAGGUCCUCAUCAAUGACGCGCGCGGCCGCGAGGCCGACUUUUCGCUCGACAAGGACGCCUUUGCCAUCCUGUCAUCGCAACCGCCCAGCGCGGAGGCAAAGUUUGUCCACGACGAGAGCAUCAAGGCCAACUACUACCCCGAGGUCGAGAAGCUGCUCCUGGACCAGGUCAAAGGCGCCCACGAGGUCUAUCUGUUUGACCACACCAUCCGCCGCGCAGACCCAACCUCGUCGCGCCACCCCGUCACUAGAGUCCACAUUGACCAGACAGCGUCGUCCGUCGAGAAGCGCGUGCGACGCUACUACGCGCCCGAGGAGGCUGACCGUCUGCUCCAGGGCCGGUACCGCAUCGUCAACGUCUGGCGGCCGCUCAACAAGACGCCCGUCGAGAGUUUUCCCCUCGGCUUCGCGUCCAGCGCCACCCUUGACGAGCGAGAUGUGAUCCCCAUUGAGCACAGGUACCCUGAUGGCUACACGGGCGAGACGGCUGCCAUCCAGCACAACCCGGAGCAGGAGUGGUACUAUCUCAGUGGCAUGACGGGUGAUGAGAGGAUCCUGCUCGAGUGCUUUGAUAGCGAAAGCCUGAAGGCGGGCAGUACGAUUGGGGGUAGAGUGCCACACUCGGCAUUCGUGGACCCCAGGACCAGGGAGGACGCUGAGGGUAGGGAAAGCAUCGAGGUGAGAGCAUUGGUCUUUGGGCCUUGA